AUGCUUCUUCAAAAGCUGUUUGACAUGCAUAUUAUCUGGAAUUUUCUCUUUUCUGGUAGAUAUGAUCAUCUUUCUGAUAUGCUAACUAAGGUCUUAGAUGAGCGUCCUGAAAAUGCUGUGGACAUCAUUGAAAGUAUCAGCCAAGAUGUGAAGAUGGCACAUUUUAGGAAAAAAUUAGAUACACUCCAAAAUGAGAAUGAGAUGCUUCCAAUAUAUGAAACAGCAGAGAAGCAAAAGGCUCUUUUUCUCCAGGGAAAUUUGGAAGGAGUCGACCAAGAACUGGAAGAUGAAAUAGCAGAAAACUCUCUCCCAAAUGUAAUGGAGUCAGCUUUUUAUUUCGAACAAGCUGGAGUUGGUUUGGGUACAGAUGAGACUUAUCGCAUAUUUCUUGCCCUCAAGCAGCUUACUGACACCCAUCCAAUCCAAAGAUGCCGCUUCUGGGGCAAGAUCUUGGGUCUGGAAAUGAAUUAUAUUGUAGCUGAAGUAGAAUUCCGCGAGGGAGAAGAUGAAGAAGACGUAGAAGACGAAGAUGUAACUGAAGAGAGGGAUGAUGGAGACAGCGACGCUGAGGAAAAUGACGAAGAUGAAUUACCAAGGACGUUUUACAAGACCCCACAGGUUAUACCAAAAGAGGAAAAUAGAACGGGGGCCAACAAAUACGUGUAUUUUGUGUGCAAUGAACCAGGAGGACCAUGGGUGAAGUUACCAUCGGUUACACCUGCACAAAUUGUUACUGCAAGAAAGAUCAAGAAAUUUUUCACUGGGCGUUUAGAGACUCCCAUUGUAAGCUACCCACCUUUCCCAGGAAAUGAGAGCAAUUACUUACGAGCACAAAUUGCCAGAAUUUCAGCAGGGACCCACGUCAGCCCUCUGGGAUUCUAUCAAUUUGGUGAAGAGGAAGGAGAGGAGGAGGAAGAGGUAGAAGGCCGGCGAGAUAGCUUUGAAGAAAACCCAGAUUUUGAAGGCAUCCAAGUGAUCGAUCUCGUGGAAUCCCUUUCCAAUUGGGUUCAUCAUGUGCAACACAUUCUCUCUCAGGGUCGCUGUAAUUGGUUCAAUCCCAUACAAAAAAGUGAGGAGGAGGAGGAAGAGGAAGAUGAAGAAAAAGAAGAAGAAAAAGGAGAAGAGCCUGAGUAUAUGGAACAGGAAGUGGGGCCUCCUCUUUUGACACCAAUCUCUGAAGAUAUAGAAAUCCAGAAUAUACCACCUUGGACAACACGGCUGUCCUCAACUCUCAUUCCUCAAUAUGCUAUUGCCGUCCUUAGAUCCAACCUUUGGCCUGGAGCAUAUGCCUUUUCCAAUGGCAAAAAGUUUGAAAAUUUCUACAUAGGCUGGGGUCAUAAAUAUAGUCCGGACAACUACACACCCCCACCUCCACCACCAGUUUACCAAGAAUACCCCAGCGGGGCCGAAAUUACAGAAAUGGAUGAUCCUAGCGUGGAAGAAGAGCAGGCUUCCCGAGCUGCGAGGGAAGCAGCGGUUCUUCCUGUUGCAGAAAUGGGAGAAAGUGAGGAAGAUGAAGAUGAGGACGAUGAUUCUGACCAAGAAUAGUAUCAGCCCAGCCUUGUGUGAGACUGGUACACAUAUACUGUGUGUGGACUCUUGGUUUUACAUAUAUAGUAUAUAGUACAGAAUUACAUAAAAUUGGCAACUAUUCAUGUACAAAAUGUUGUUCCUUGAAAAUGUCCAGUUUGGGAUUUCUUAUGUUCAACCACUAAUAUGUACCUCUAGAAAGACAUUCAAUGGAAUCUUCAGAGGCUAAAUAACACGUUCCUGUUCUGUUGGCUACAGCUAAUAGAAUAAUGUGCAUUCUUAAA